AUGUUUAUAGACUAUUAUCUUGAAUUGAUCACUGUAUCCAAUCUCAAUGAGACAUUUGAUAAAGUAGUUAACACAACUCUAGUAGAUGGUAAAUAUACAAUUGAAAGAAUAUGGAAUGGUCCAUUGAGAUCAAAUACAGUUUACAAAGUAUUAAUUGACGGUUGUACUUCUUCAAAUUUAAUUGAUUGGACUUAUGUUUUAUCAACAGCAUUCAAAACAAUGUCACCUAUAAUUGGUAAAAUUGAACAUUUUAUAUUAUGA